CGCGCACCAUCGGGCGUCAACCACCCACCAACUCGUUUCUGGUUGCUCGCCGCGGGGUCGCCAUCGACGAACCCAACCCCGGCAACCCCUGCUCCUUCCUUUAAUACCCUCUCGAUCAUCUACUGCAGCUCGCUCGCCUCCAGAUCCAGCGGGCCGGAGCGGGCAGGGGUGCCUUGCCGCCAUGACCAUGAAGCAGCCGAGGGGCCGGCAGGAGCCGCGCCGGAUGGGCAACGCCGCCAUGGUCGUCACCAUGCUCGUCUCCCUCUGCGUCCUCACCUACAUCAAGGCGCGAUACUGCUCCAACCCCUUCCCCAAGCCGGCGGAGGAGCUGGAGGUAGUGGAGGUGGACGAGGACUACGACAGCACGCGGUACAAGCUCUCAGGCCCCAUCGGCGAGGAGGACUUCGACCCGUCCCGCCCGACCUGCUACAACACCAGCAAGCGCUCCGAGCGGUGCGCCGCCGUGGGCGACAUCCGCGUGGACGGCAACCACUCGCGGAUCUACAUCAGCCCUCUGUCCCGCGAGUGGAAGACCAAGCCGUACGCGCGCCUGCACGACCCGGUGGCCAUGGACGACGUCCGCGAGUUCACGCUCGUCCCCUUCGGUCCCGGCUCCCCCAACGGCACCGUCGUCCCGCCGCUCUGCACGCGGAACCACUCCGUCCCGGGUUUCCUCUUCUCCAGCGGCGGGUUCGCGGGCAACCUCUACCACGACUACGCCGACGUGCUGGUGCCGCUCUUCGCGUCCACGCACCACUUCGGCGGGGAGGUCCAGUUCCUGCUCGCCGACAUCAAGGACUGGUGGGCCGACAAGUUCAAGCCCCUCUUCCGCCAGCUCUCCCGCUACGACGUCAUCGACGUGAACAACGACCGCGAGGUGCACUGCUUCCCGCGGAUCGUCAUCGGCUCCACCUUCCACCGCGCCAUGGGCAUCGACGCGUCGCGGUCCCCCGGUGGCGAGACGGUGGCCGACUUCAAGCGCGUGCUCCGCCGCGCGUUCAAGCUGGAACGCGCCGUGGCGUCGCGGUCGGGGGCGCCCCGGCGCAAGGACCGGCCCAGGCUCCUCAUCAUCUCCCGCAAGAGCUCGCGCCGGUUCGUGAACGAGCGCGCCAUGGCGCGCGCCGCCGCGGCGGCCAAGUUCGACGUGCGGAUCGCCGAGCCGGACAACCACACGGACAUGCCAAACUUCGCGCGGCUGGUGAACUCGGCGGACGUCAUGAUGGGCGUGCACGGCGCCGGGCUCACCAACAUGGUGUUCCUGCCCAGCCGCGCCGUGCUGGUGCAGGUGGUGCCGUUCGGCGGGCUGGAGUGGCUCACCAGGGUCACCUUCAAGGACCCCGCCAGGGACAUGGACGUCACCUACAUGGAGUACAACGUGUCGCUGGAGGAGAGCUCGCUCAGGGACCUCUACCCGGAGGACCAUUUCUACCUGAAGCACCCCUACGACGUGCACAAGAAGGGCUGGGACGCCAUCAAGACGGUGUACCUGGACAAGCAGAACGUCAGGCUCAACCUCACCAGAUUCACAAGGACGCUGGAGCAGGCACGAGAUCUCUUGCCGUCGCCAUGACUGAUCCUGCUGCAGGUUUCACUUCAGAGAUUGGGCUGGCUUCUUGCAUUGCAAUGGAGCUAGCUGCUCUGCUGCUGCGGCCUGCAGCUUCAGCUUCAGCGUCAGUCAGCUGGUUGGUAGAUAGGCAGGCUCACUUCACAGUUCACACCAUGUCUUCUUCUUCUUUUUUUUUUUUUGGAUUUUUGUUCUAUACUUGUUUUCUCUUUUCCUUUUCUCUCUCUUCCUCACCACGCUGUGGCAUGAUUCAUUUCUUUCAUUGUUUUUUUUUCUUUUUUUUUUGGUAAAGGAGGAGAGGAACAAAAACAAGGUCCGGUCGUGUCCAAGGUUAAUUUACACACUGUAAAUGAUUGAUUGUCGGUAAA